ACCCUCGCCAGUGACUGAGUGGCAUCCAGAGGGGGAGUAUAUCUUGUCUCUGUGUUGUGUGGCGGUGAAAGAAAUAAUCUCCUUUUCAUGGGCGUAGGAUAAAGUAUAGUCCGUGUAAGUAAAAGGCUCGAUUAGCGUGUGUUAAGUGUGUGCGCGGCCGGCGGGGCGGUGAGGGUGCCCAAGUGGAGUGGAUCUUGGAAAAAUGGCUUUGGUUUAUUGUGAAAUAGUGUGUUAGCAGAAGCCUCCUCCUCCCUCAGCAGCAUGGAGGUGAUCCACACGCUAGAUCGGGACUGCUCGGCGCUGGCGGGGCUCUUCCAGUCGGUUAUCAAUGACAUGAAGGGGAGCGGGCCCAUGUGGGAGGACUUCCUGACGCGGGCCAGCAAGCUACAGCACGCCCUCAAGGCGAUGUUGGUAGCGCUGACGUCCUUCCUCGACGCCUUUCAGAGGAUUGCAGACGCCGCCACCAACACAAGAGGAGCGACGAAGGAGGUGGGCGCGGCGCUGACCCGAAUCUGUCUGCGCCACCGAGCUGUCGAGAGUCGAGUCAGAGCGCUCACCAGCGCCCUGGUGGAGUGCGUGGUGCUGCCCCUUCAGGAGAGAGUGGAGGAGUGGCGCCGCUCUCAACAUGCACUGGACAAGGAUCACACGAAAGAAUACAAGAAGGCCCGCUCGGAGAUCAAAAAGAGGGCUGAGAACGCCGCCAGACUGCAGAAGAAGGCGAAGAAAGCGGGGAAGAGCUCCGAGCUUAAUAAGGUGCUCGAGUCAACAGUGGUGGAUCUCCGAGCUCGCUUCGGCGCCCUAGAAGAGGUGGAGCGAACGGCGGUGCGCAAUGCCCUGACCGAGGAACGCGCCCGCUACUGUGCCUUCGCCCACGCCCUUGCGCCCGUCCUGAUCGAGGAAGUAGGUCUGGUCAGCGAGCUCGGCCACCUCCAGGAAGUCAUGACCCAGCUGGAGAAGCAUGUGGCUGAUCCUCACAUCCUCCCCGCGGCCAGUGAACAGGUGCUUUUGGACAUCAAGGGCGGCGAGGCUCAGUGGUCCUGGCAGACGCCCCCAUCCUCCCCGUCCUCCCUGGGCUCGCGAAAAUCGUCCAUGUGCUCCAUCUCCUCCCUCAACUCUUCCUCGUCCUCGUCCACUCACUCCCCCUCGCACCACACCCGCCCUCGCUCAGUCAGCCAGGGCACGAGGCUGGUCAGUGUGUCAUCGCAGGAUUCGGGCUUUACCUCCCAGGACACUCUCUGUCAGCCCGCUCACACUCCUGCCCUCCAGGUACACACACAAGGCUGCCACACGGCCCACGCUGAGGCAUCAGGGUUGUCGGAGCAGUCAUGUGGCUCGGAGGGCAGCACGCCUUCCCCCGCCACCACCAACGCCACCUGGCCCAACCUCACCGACCCCUCACUCCAGCACAAGCCAGCGCCGCCACUCAAUGACCGACCUCACACCAUCUCCUCAGCCUACGAGAAGGGUCGAGACCGUCCACCCCUGACCGUGUACACCUUCCAGCCCCCCGAAGGACACGCCACCCUGGGCUCCCCUCAGGUCUGCUCCCAGCCAUGCAGUCCUGUCUGUCUGGAGCUUGAGAGUGGGUGCAUGAGUCCCCUGAUGGGCCACACCGCCACCAUCUCCCGACGAUCCUCCCGCACCUCCCUCCACCACAACCUGUCCUCCUCCAGCCAGGAAAGCCUCACGGCCUCGGGCAAGUCAAAGCCUCCCGUGCCAAAUCGAUGCUCGUCUCUGGAGCGCCCCGUCAUUCCCGAGAAGAAGCCGAUGAUCCGAAUGCACCCGCACCUCCCCCAGCAGCCGCCGCCCCAGCGAGGGAUGCCGCAGUACAGCUCAAACAAGUUGGUGCCGCAAGUGCCAGAUUUCAACAAGGCAGCUCCAGACAUGAUUGUGCCUCAGCCAGUGUACAGCAACAUGGCAGAGAUAUGUGGCAGUGUGAGUCCUAACUACAGGCAAGUCGCUAGCGAGUCAAAGGCUGUUGUAGAGCAGGAACGCCCAGGUGGCCCCAUGACCCCAGGUGGCAAAGGGCCUGCGUCCACGCCGUCACCUGAGGCCAAGUCUGCAUCUGAAGAGUUUGAAGCAAGCAAGUACUGCACCCUCCGACGCUACUCUGACCAGCAGACCUUCCCACAGUACCAGCCGGGGAGAGUUGUGCUGCGCAGACACCUCUCUCAGUCAGGUGUGUCAUCAAUGCCGAGUGGCGGCACGCUGAGGCGCUCUGGCUCUCACGGCCACAAGCCGCCGCCGCCCGUGCGCAGGACCCCUUCCAUCUCCACAAUACCAACGGCAACCAUUCCAUCCACCAGUUCAUUCACCAGCCUCAACCCAUCGUCAUCAUGCGUCAGUCUCAACAACUCGCCCACUCACCUCAACUCCUCCUGCAGCACCCUCAGCAGCAGCAGUAGUAUCAAUGGGAACAUCAACAGUGGGGGAAGUGGAAGUCCUAAUCAGGGCAGCAGCACCAGCAGUCCUCUGCAGCGCACAGACAGCGAGUCCAGCACGCCCGUUGGCUCCCUGGAGAACCUGCCCCCACCGCCUGCCUUCCUACUGGAGGAUGGGGUGGAGGACACCAAUCCUCCUCCAGACCCAGACCUGACAACACCAGAAGGGAUCAGGUACAUCUGUGACCCCAGCGGCCCCCCGGCACCCAUCCAGGACAAGUGUCUGCAGCACCGCACUAUGACCGUCAGUGAUACCGUCAAGAACCUCCAGGAGAGCCACCACCAGCCCCCGUCCCCUGUAACACACAGGCGCUCCCAGUCCCUGAGGUGCAACCAACCUGCCUACAAAGCCAUUCAACAUCUGGAGGAACGCCGGGUGUCUUUGGAGGAUGCAAGGGCAUCGCUGAUGACCACGCUAAAUGCUAAGCUUGCCUCUCAGAUGAGCCAGCAGCAGCCCAAGCAAGUACAGAAGCCUUACGCAGUGAGAGAGGGCAGCCAGUCACCUCGCAUGAGCAGGUCUCGACUCGGCUCAGUUCAGGAAGUUUUGGAGAGUCCUCGUCAGCCCCCACCAAGUCCACCUGUAUCAGCCAUAGCUAAGCCAGACUAUGGUUCUGUAAACAAGGAGCCACAGCCAGUACAGCUUUACAAGCCAACAGUUCAUCAGUACCAGGCACCAGUGCCAUCCAACUAUAAUCAAGUCCAGGAGCCACAACAGAUGCAGGUGGCUGAAGACAGGCAGAGCAGUGUUCCUCAGCCAGCCCCUGCAGUGCACAAAGACCCCAGUCAGCUGGCAUUCCUUGAUUCCCUGAACAAGAAAUUGGCUCAGAGGCAGUCAGGUGAUCAACUAGCUCCUCCUGGCUCUCCAAAACUUAUCCCCAGAAAGCCACAACCCACAGCAGCUCCCACACCUCACCCGAAGCCCCACCCAAACGGCAGUGCUCCUGUGGUCCACCUGCAGCGCUCAGGCUCCGGUGCCAGUGAAAAGGCCUCAAAAGUUCGGCAGUGGAUUGCAAGUAAGACAAUAGGCAGUGAGAAGAAGAGCACCGUAGAGACUGCUGCCAUGAGGGAGUCACUUCUUGAUCAGAUCAAACGUGGAAAAACAUUAAGAAAGGCCAAGUGUGUGGCUGAUAGGUCAGCGCCUCAAGUUUCUUGACUGAAUGUGAGAUUACUCGUUAAGAAAUUUGAAAGAUUAGAGAGUCAAAGAAAAAUGGAAGCUCUAAAUUCAGUGUGUGCUCUACCCAGAAAACAAGGGAUCUAGCUUGACAGAACUGUAGCAAGAAACAAAGUGGUAAUAUUGUAUUGAAUCAUAAAGGACAAUAUAUAAGAGUUGUACUUAGGUAACUUAAUGUUGUAACUAGUGUUUGUCUAUUUAUCCUCUAAUUACAGUUUGUUAUUCAUAUUUGUUGUGGGAAUAAUAACAAGUGGAAACAAUGACUAACACUUAACACUGUGCACUCCAGCGUUCUGCUGAGGUGUUCAGCAGUGUUAUCCCAGCACUGGGCAGACACAGGAAGGCCUUGUACAGAAGAACACUGAGUGCUGGGGCUUGCAUAUCAUGUUGGUAAUAGACAAACUCUGUAUUAGGUAAGGACAGUGUACAUAGUUCCCUGUGGGCCACAUUCCUGGGACAUGGGUCAGGCAGGCAUCAUAACCACUGCUGGGAAACAUAU